AUGGCGCUUUUUCGAAAAUUAAAUAGCCAGUUGGUUAUUCGUUCCUCCUACCGUCCCUUUCCACGAACGAUUACACCCCUAAGAGCUAGGAAACCCUUCACAGAAUCAGCUCGUUCCUUGGCUGGCCACUCAAGGGAACAACUUUCUGAGCUGUUUGAAUACACGUCGGGGCGAUGGCUUUGGAAUGACGCCCAGAAGCGUUCUGAAAGAAGACGUGUCUUCAAUGUAUCGGAACUCAAGCGCAUCGCGGCCGCAGCCGUCAAUCGGAACGUGCAAGAUGUGGUUCGGUUUGAAAAGCUUGCUGAAGGGGGUUUCAACCGAACUUUCCUAGUUACUAUGCAUGAUGGCUAUCAGUUCGUCGGACGCAUCCCUUAUCUGGUUACCGAGCCGAAGCAUUUGGUCGUAGCUAGCGAAGUCGCGACGAUGGAUUUUCUACGCUCACAUGGCCUACCUGUACCUAAGGUCUACAGUUACUCGACCACAUCAGAGAACCCUGCUGGUACCGAAUACAUUUUUAUGGAGCGUAUUCGCGGAACGAAGUUGGGCGACAUCUGGUUUGACCUGCCUGAAAAGGCUAGAAUUACCGUCGUCACCAAACUUGUGGAGUUAGAAUCACGACUGUUUGCUCUCCCGUUUCCGGCAAGCGGUAGUAUAUACUAUAACAAGGACCUGAAAGUAGAGUGCAACAAGGUUGAUAUUCCAGUCGUCGAUUCUGGAUGCGCCAGUGGCUUUUGCGUUGGUCCUGACACAAGACUCCGCCUCUGGUAUGGGAAAAGACUCGACAUCCAGACUGAUCGUGGACCAUACAUGGAUUCAGCUGCGGUUCUUACGGCUGGGGCUAAGAAGGAGAUUGCAUAUUUGAAAGAGUUUGGCCGACCGCUUCACCCCUUCCAACGUCUGCACCGAGAGAUAUACAAUUAUGAGAAGCAGUCACCCUUUGAGCAUAUGGACAGUCUGGAGAAAUACUUGCAAAUCGUGCCUUAUCUCACACCGAACGGGAACGAAACUCUUACUCGCCCAACGCUGAGACAUCCUGAUCUCAACCCCGGUAAUAUAUUCAUCUCCGACGAUCUUGAGAUUACCGGCCUAAUCGACUGGCAAAACAGCGCAAUACUCCCGCUCUUUCUGCAAUGCGGUAUUCCAAACAGUCUUCAGAACUACGGCGACAGCGUCUCAGAAUCGCUGACACUCCCUGAAAUACCACAUGAUUUCAACGAGCUAAGUGAAAGGAAGCAGUCCGAGCAAGUCGAACUUCUACGCCGGCGUCAAAUUCAUUACUUCUAUGUCGCUAUGACGGCAAAGCUUAACCCGACGCACUAUGACGCCCUAAACUACGAGUUCAGCACGUUGAGGCGCAAACUCUUUGAUCACUCGGGUUCCUACUGGGAAGGCGAUAACGUGACUCUCAAAGCCGAUCUGGUUAAUUUGACGAAGAAAUGGUCCAAUAUCGUCAAUUCAUGCUCGAGAAACGCUACGAAGCCCCCUUGCCCGAUCUUCUUCUCGGAAGAUGAGGUGAGCGAAUGUUUGCGCUUAGAUGCUGCACAGGUCGAGGCAGAUGAGCAGCUCAAGGCUUGUGAAGAUGCGGUCGGUAUCGGGUCUGAGGGAUGGGUGCCUGCAGAGCUGUAUGAUGAGAUUAAGCAACGGGAACGUAAGCUGAAAGCCGAUGCGCUUGAGGCAGCUGAGUCCGAGGAGGAACGACAGAGGUUGCACGAGCAUUGGAUAUUUGACGACUUUGACGAGGAGGAGUAUUUGUAA